AUGGCCGCGGAAGGAGACCCGCCAUCCCCGCUGCUCGUGCGCGUAAGGGAGUCCGUCCCGCGGCUACCGUGGAAGCUGGAGAAGUACUUCCAGAGCCGGAAGGCGGACGGCGGGGAGUGCACCGUCCGGCGCGGCGGCGACGGCGCCCAGGGCCCCUUCGAGGUGCAGUUCAGGGAAAGGGCAGCUAAGGAGAGAGUGUUGAAAAAAGGAACUCACCAAAUGGAGGUUGAUAACAAACCUGUGACUAUUAUCCUGGAAUCCGUUGAAAAUCUCUUGGCCCAGCCAAGAGAAGGGGCAAAGUCUGACGAGAAGCAUCCAAACAAAAAGCAUAUUCCUGUUGCAGAGGAGUGCUGUGUCCAAAAGAUCUUUCUUGGUGUCACAGCUGACCUGAACUGUAACCUGUUCUCUAAAGAGCAGAGGGAACACAUAACCUCUCUCUGCCCCAAUAUCAAAAAAAUGGAGGGCAAUGAUGGAAUUGAGAAGGUGUAUGGUAACUUCAGAGAUAUUGAAAAAAUACAUGAAUUCCUGAUUGCGCAGCUCCUGAAGAGUAAACAGAAACAUGACUCUUCACCUGUGACAACACAGAGAGAGCCCUUCCAUCUGCAGGACAGGUGUGUUUCUCCCUCUGAGCAAAAAAUCACAUUAGCAGAGAAAAGCAACCAUUAUGAAGUUUCCUUGCCUUCACUUGAAUACUUCAGAUAUAUUUAUCCUGAUAAAAUAGACUCAAUAGAGAAAAAAUUUGGUAUAAAAAUAAAAAUUCAGGAGACUUCUCCGAAUAUGGGCUAUGUAGACUUCACCUCUAGUCAAGCAGGUGACCUCAAAGCAGCUCAUGAGUCUUUUGCCAGUGAAUUUCAGAAGAGUGCAGGAACUCUGAAUCAAGUUUGUAUCACCUUAGCAGAUAGUCAACAGGCAAAGGAAGUCAAACAACAGUUGAAUCACCAGUUUACAAAGCUCCUUAUAAAGCAGAAAGGAGGAGAAUUAACUCUCCUUGGGCCCCUAGAUGACACCUCAGCUGCCAAACAUUUUUUUGCCUCCAAAAUGACUGAAAGUCAUGUCAAGGUACCUAUGAAAAUAUUGACCCCCAGGCACAUGAUGAAUGGAAUCGAGGUUGACACUGCUCGUUAUAAGCUUUUAGAAGCUGAAUUACUCCCGGCGAUAUCAGAGAUUGAAAAGAAGUAUAACACUCAAAGGAAGAUUGUGGGAAAAGCUCAGAAAACCUGCAUUCUAUUCGAACCAAAGGACAAGGAGAUAGAUCUGUCUGUGCAUGCUUAUGCAAGUUUCGUCGAUGCCUAUCAACAGGUCUCAUGUCAGCUGGUGAGAGAAGUUUUUUCACUUUUGGGCAAGGAGACAAAGCACCUAUCUGGGACCAAGUUCACUGACGACUUUAGAGAAAGGCACCCAAAUAUACACUUCGCACUAACUCAAGAGUCAGUUGUUUUGACUGGGUUGCCAAAUCACCUUGCAAAGGCAAAGCAGUAUGUCUUAAAACAAUGGGCAAUGUCUCCAUCCGCUGGAGAGAAAUGGAAUGCAACGCCCAUGGACCUUGAUAGUACUGAUUCAAAAACAGCUUCCCCAACAUUCCAGCACUUUGCCAGUUCUGGGGUGUCAGGAGUAGAUAAGGAAGAGGACACAUGUGUCAUCUGUAUGGACAUCAUGAGAAACAAACGAGUGCUACCAAAGUGCAAGCAUGAAUUCUGCACCCCUUGUAUCGACAAAGCCCUGUCCUAUAAGCCGACCUGUCCUGUGUGCCAGACUUCCUAUGGUAUCCAGAAAGGGAAUCAACCAGAAGGAACAAUGAAUGUCACUGUCACAAAACACUCACUUCCAGGUUAUGAAUCCUGUGGCUCCAUUAUGAUUCAUUAUAACAUGAAAGGAGGCAUACAAACAGAAGAGCACCCAAACCCAGGCAAGAUCUAUCCUGGAAUACAGCGAACUGCAUACUUGCCUGAUAAUCAAGAAGGAAAGGAGGUUUUGAGAUUGCUUCGUAGGGCCUUUGAGCAAAAGCUUGUCUUCACAGUGGGGGACUCUCGAGUAUUGGGACUCUCAGAUGUAAUUACCUGGAAUGAUAUCCACCAUAAAACGAGCCGUCAAGGGGGACCAGAAAUGUAUGGCUACCCUGAUCCUAAUUAUCUGAAACGUGUCAAACAGGAGCUGAAAGAUAAAGGAAUUGAGUAAGAAGACUACUGGAAGAUGUCUUGAGCCAAGCUUCCAAAAGACACAGUUGAAGAAGCAGAGUAAAUGCCAAUCUAAAUCCUUAUGUAGAAACACCUGGAAAAGUUUUCAUCUAAGAAAUGGUUUGUAUAAGAGUAAGGAUCUUCAGUUGAAACACUAGUUGCCAAUUGAUCCUCUUUUUAUUGCUAUCUCUGGGGAAGAUCCUUUAGUUUUUUUGUUUGUUUGCCCAUUAAGUAUCCUAAAAGCAAAAUCCUAGUGUGAAUGGGGGAGAAAAGGGCUAUGGUUAUGGUUCCCCUCCAUCCUUCAUGGCCAGAAGAGUGGCCCAGAGCAGAGAUCAACCAACCUUUGGAAAUAAAAAGGCUGUUGUUUUUCACAGCACAGAACCCGGUAUACAGUUGGUACUUCAUAAAUUUUUGUCGCUUGACUCAGGUUGCUAGUAACCCAGAAGAAGGAUAUAUGCUCCCUGAGUCUUUGGCACAGGUAGGAUAAGGGAGCCAUUUCUGGAGUCCUCACCUCUGAUUUGCAAAACUGAGCUUCUUACUCCAAAACACUUGGCCUCUGAACUCUGAGCAGGCCUCUAACUUGGUCCUUGCUUCCCCCUGAUCCUUGUAAUGUGCCAUAUGGGGUGUACUUGCCCUGCUAGUAAUGCCGCACAUCUCUGAACAUUUUUACUCUGGAUACCACUGCAUUUUUGAUACCCUGCUUCUGAUUUUAACAGACAAACAACCUUACAUUAGUUUCCAUCGACUGUCAUUUUCUCAGAAACCACGGCCCCCACAGUAGUAGUUUUUCCAUCCUUUUACUAAGUCUCACCAAGUCAUGUUUUCUCCCUUAAAAUCUUUAUCCCUGAUACUCUUCUUUGGGAAGAGAAAAGGUAAAUUGGGCCUACUAUGAGGAAUAUAUGACAUGUGAAAAUUUACUUUUAAAUGGUUCUCCAAGUGAAAAGAAUGUUAUAAUAGCAAAUUAUCUGGUUAUUCAUGUCCAACCUCUCUCCAAAAUGAUGAACAAGAUUCUGUUCGCAAAGAUACACAUACACACAUACACAAUUUUUUUUUGUGAGGCAGCUGUGGCUAAUACUUAUUGUGGACUUAUUUGUCCCCUUCUUAAGAGCUUUAUAUCUAUGUGAUUGAUGCUAUUAGUAUCCCCAUUUUAUAACUGAGAAAAAUGAUGCACAGAGAAGAUAAGUACCUUGGCAAAGGUCCAUCUUUAAUAACAAGAAGAUGAUAGUCUGGCUUCAAGGCUCUGCCUCCAGAGCUAGACUGCCUCCUGCAGUGGGACUUCUCCAUGGACAGGCCGAGCAGUUCCCAUUAUCCUGGGUUUCUCUCAGAAAUGGAUUCCUGCUCAUUGCUCAAAGCAGAUUUCCUCUGAGGAAGUCCUAUUUGGAAUCUUUUCUUUUGUCUAGCAAGUUGAGCAAGCUUAAGCUAAAUGAUGUCUUUUUUUAAUCAGAUUAUGCAUCUAGUUUUUUGUCAUUCAUUAAAGUGUUUACCAUUACGAUUGUUUUGUAUCUGCUGAUCUUUUAGCUAAGCUUGCCUCAAAAAAGCAAAAGUUUGGUUCCUGCUAAAUUCUGGAUCCUUGAUUGCAAUGUGUGUGUGGAGGCAAGUUUCACAGUGUGAGUGGUCAGUGAGCCUCUGGAUUACUGCCUGUGCUCUGUGGAAGGUACUAUCAUUGUGUCUGCUUUAAAUAAAGUUGUGUCUGUAUUAGGAA